AUGAAAUCAAAAAAGAAGAAGGGAAGCUUUGGUUCAAACGUAGCUCUCCUGUUUCAGAAAAAUUAUCACAAUAAAAGACCAUUGACAGAAGCAGAAAUAAUAGAGGAGGAGUUUGAAAAUUCAGGACAAGGUCAGUUGCCAGCAACAAUUUCUCUGAAAAAACAAAUGCACAAACUUAUCAACAGCAAUCAAUUCUCAGUUCCAAUGGAUUCCAUCAAUUGUAUACUUAGUAUCUCGAUAUCAUGCCUCUAUAUAUACUCAACAUACGAUCCUCUCACUUUUGCCAAGGAAAUGUGGGGUCACUGGCAUCCUAUUUUUCUCAGUUUUUGCCACAUGUACUUCCUGAUCGAGUAUUUGCUAAGACUGUACACGGCUAAGAACCUAUCGGCGUAUCUGGUGUCAUUUGAAAACUUCUUAGAAAUCUUAACAAUCGUUCCGUUCAUGAUUGUGUCAUAAAGUCAACCAGAUCCAUUGAAUUUUUGGAGUUUGUUUGUAAGAAUGCUUGAUUUGCUUAGAAUUUCUACUCUAUUUAGAGCUUUGAAAUACAUUGAAAACGAUAUUAAUAGAGAAUUAUCAAGGAUUAUUAUAGGCGCUCUUACUUUAGUUAUUGGAUUUUCUGGAUAUAUAUAAUUGAUUGAAAAUAGAGAUGAUUUGAUUUCUGGAGAUUUGACUCAUUAUUAAAGCUUCUUUGAUACUUUAUUCUUUAUAAUGACUACAAUAUCAAUUGUAGGAUAUUAUUCGCCUGUGUAAUCAUUCGAAGGAAAAAUUAGUAUUAUUUUAUUAAUGGCUAUUGUUGUGAUUGUUAUUCCAAGUUAAUCAUCUAAAAUGAUCUAAUUAAUAAGCUCAAAGUCUGUUUACGCUCGUAGACAGUACAAAUCUAUUGAUAAGAUUCCUCACAUCGUCCUCAUAGGAUCAGUUUCAUAAAUAACACUGUUUAAUUUCCUUGAGGAAUAUUUCCAUUAGGAUCAUGGUUAACAUGGUAGGCAUUGUGUUAUUAUGAUGCCGUAGAGACCUGAUCCAACUUUUGAAAUGGAACUUAUGCAAUCAAAGUAUGCUACUAGUGUCUUCUAUAUUGAAGGAAAUCCUUUGGAUUAGAGAGAUUUGAGAAGAUGUUUAGUGGAGAAGUCUAAGGCUGUCGUUAUUUUAAGUGAUAAGCUUUCUUUUGAUACCCAAAAGGAGGAUACUCAUACAAUCCUUUAGGCAAUGGUUAUAAAAAACUAUCUAAGUUCUAAAACAGAUAAAAACUAGUCAGCCUACACCUAAAUCUGCAUGUAGUUGUUGAAACCAGAAAGUAUUACCCACUAUGAGCUCUCUCUAAAUAAAGAAGACCUCAAGAAUGAUCAGAUCGUUUGCAUUGAGUCAAUGAAACUUAGUUUAUUGGCUAAGAGCUGCUUAUGUCCUGGCCUAGUUGUAUUGAUCACAAAUCUUAUAAAAUCCUCGAAAAAUCCUCCCAAAGAAAUUACAGAUGCUGUAGAGUAAAAGAAAAAUAAUAAGCAUUUAGAAUGGCUUCAUGACUACUGGCAAGGUAAAACUUUUGAAAUCUAUAGAAUCGAGAUCCCUUCAGCCUAUGCCGAGUAAACAUUCAGCAGUAUUGCUCUUGAAGUUUAUAAGGACUAGAAAUUUGUCCUCUUCGCUCUAGAGAUAGUAGUAAAUGAUACUCCGAAUGGAGAGAUUUUACUGAAUCCAGGAGCAUAGAAACUUCCAAGACCUUAGGGAUAGAAUGUUACUUACACCUAUUUCGGUUAUAUUAUUGCCCCAGAUAAAGAACUUGCAGAGCAAAUAUUCAAGAAGAAAGGUCUUACAAUCAAGCAGGCUGUAACUAAGAACAUUGAACAAAGCCUAAUGAAACAUUCUAAGGUUACUGAACCUAGAAAUUACUUUGGAAUGGGCACAGGGGAAAAUGAUAAUGAGAAUGACAAUGUAAUUCAAGUUGAAAAUAUUGAGGGGGAUUGGCUAAAAAUGUGCCAUAAAGCAUCGAAGGAGGUCUUAAAGCAAGAUAUCGAGUUCAAAACACUUUAGGACUCUAAACUUGCAGAGAAUCAUAUUGUUAUUUGCGGAAUGGUCGAAAAUAUCAGACAUUUCGUAAUGCCUUUAAGAGCAGAUCAUCUAGUCGACCCUUCACCAAUCGUUAUUUUACAUGAUGAAGAAUUGACAGGAAAGUAGUGGCAGCAGUUGAGAUACUUCUCAGAAAUUUACUUUGUUAAGGGUUCUCCUCUGAGUGAAAGCUCUUAUGACAGAGUCAAUAUUAACAAAGCCAAACAAGUCGUAAUUCUUACUCCCAAUGUCAAUAAAGUCGCAAGGGAUAAGAGUUUUCCUGGUGAUCAAAAGAAAGGUAAUGAGCCUAGUUAAGAAGACUUUUAAAUGAGCAAGGAUGGAGAAACAUUACUUGAUGCAAAAACUAUAUUCAAAUACAACAUCAUAAAAAAGAAGAAUCCUAAAGUUAAUGUGGUAACAGAGUUGAUAUCCCAAGAUAACAUUGCAUUCUUACUCGAUAAUCCCUUACUAUAUCACUUAAUGAAAAAGUAUGAAUAUGACUAAACGCCAACAUUUGCAAGCGGGGAAGUCUACUUGUCAUCAUUAAUGGAUUCAUUGCUUUGCCAAGCUUACUAUAAUCCAGCUUUACCAACAGUAUUAAGAUAAUUAAUCGUAGGUGAAAAUAAGAAGAAGAGAAAAAGGAAUGGUUCUUCUACUCAAAGCAAUGGGUAUGGCUCUAUUAAUGCACUCCUUGGAGAUAAUAGCAUUAUACCGGAUGGCGAUUUUUCUUAGAUAAAAACUAGUAACCUUUAUCAUUUGCCUGUCCCACCUAACUUCAAAGGAAAACCUUACGCAAAGCUAUUUUCUCAUCUGACUAAAAAGAGAUUUAUGAUACCAUUGGGAUUAUAUAGAACUGAAACAGUAUCAUUUAGUGCCUUUGAUGAUGAGUAAUAGUAAAAGCAUCCUUAGAGAAGGAAAACAAUGAAUGGCUAAAGCACAGCCUAGUCUCCAUCGGAAUAAGAAAUCAAGUAUGUAGUAACAAACCCUGAGUAGGACUUGGAACUUCGGUUGAAUGAUGUAGUUUUUGUCUUAGCUUAGGCUGACCCAAGAGAUCACAGUGCUUGGGAAGAUCUUUAGAAUCUGAAUCUUUCAGAAACUUAGAAGCCAGAAUCAAAUAAGGAUGGAAGAAAUAGAGAAGAUGACUUUUUUAGCAAUACUGAGAAUAAGUAUACACAGGCUGAGGAUGAGGAUAUCAUUGAAAUCAAACCAAAUGAUCAAAUGCAAGGGUAAAUGUAACUUAUUAACAAUUUUUAGAGCAAAGUAAGCUAAGAUAGACUUUGA